AGAAAGAGUUGGAGACAAGGCUGUAUAUUACACAGGACAUUGAGGAAGGACAACUGCUGAGCCAUGCUGAGAGGGGACUGGGCUUGGCACAGGCAAACCUACAGCGCUACACAUGCUGAAGUCCCAGGUGAGGGUGUCAGGGCAGUUAAGGCCCAGCCAUGCACUUUACCUGGCCCAACAGGAACCAAGAUAAACAUAAGUGAGCAGAACACCACAGCAGUGAGAAAGGCUACCUUUAUAGAGAUACAUUAGGUUGUUUUUACAGGCAUGCAGCCAACAGAUCAAAAGAAGUACUAGUCCUCUUUACUCAGCACUUGUUACAUCAUGUCUGGAAAACUACACUGCACUCUGGGGCCCACACUAUGAGAAAGAAGUUGACAAAUUGCAGUGAGCACAGCUGAGGGCAGUCAAGUUGGUGUGGGGGUGGGAGCACAUGCCCUGGUAGGAAAGGCUGAGGGAACUGCAUUCAGUCAGAAGGCUUGAAAGGGAACCCAAGAGUUUUCUUCCAGUACCUGAGAUUAUCCAGAAAAUGCAGCAAUACUCUCUACUGAGGUGCACAGCAAUAGGAUGAGAAAUAACAGACACGUGGACAUUCUGAUUUAAGGGGGAAAAAGAGGUCACCGUGACACCAAUCGAGCAUUGACAUGGUGUCUUGGGUUGAAAAAUGUAACCAAAAAUGUGAAUUCUAUUUUCAUCUGUUGAAACUGAUUGGGAGAUAUUCUUCUUUGUCUCUUGUAACUCUAGGGGGGGAAGAGGGUGGGUGCCUUCUGUUAAUGGGACACCUGAUAACACCAGAUAAGGCAGUGCCUUCUUAUCUCUUCCUCCACCCAUUCUCCUCCGAGGGACAUCACCUGUGAAUGGGCCAUUUAAGGCCUCUCACAUGACUGAUAACAUCACCUCAUUCCAUUGUGAGAUGCUCCACCCAGCGGGAGGAGCCAAAGCCUUUCCACCAGCAUAAAAUCAGCAAUCCCAAACACUAAUUCAACUGGUUUCCCACUGAGUUCUCAGGGGAAGACCAGACCCAUCUUGCUAGCAUUGGACCCUUUGUUCUACAGGAUCAUCUCUACUUCACAGAACAUCUGUUACUCCAGGAAGACUCAUUUGGACUGCUUCCAACACCCUGACAGCAGGGUAUCAGAUCGUAUCUCUGACUCUGUCAGGGUUUUCUAGGACUUCUGUUCUUUUUCUUUGGGUUUUUUUUUGCGUUUAUGUUUGUUUGUUUUGUACUACUGCAUUUGUAUUUUUAAUAUUCCUGGUAAAGAACUGUUAUUCCUUUUCCCAUAUUUUUACCCAGAAGCUCCUAAUUGCAAAAUUGUAAUAAUUUGGUGGGAGGGGGUUUUACAUUCUCCAUUCCAAGGGAAACUUCAGUUUUCCCUGACAGAUACCUGUCUUUCCAAGCCAAGACACAUGGGUGCCCAGAGAGUUGUGCAUUCUCCAUUCUUGGAGGUUUUCAAGUCCCUGCUGAACAAAACCCUAAGCAACUUGAUCAGAAGGCUGAAGAAACAGAAGUUGUGUGCAGAGACCUCUUGAGUCCUCCCGACCUGAAAAAUACUAUUCUAUUUCUAUUUCAUGGCUAUUCAAGUGUUCUGCUAAACACAUGAGGCCACAGGAGAAUGAUGGACUUUGAGCAUGCUGAAAAAGUUGUUGAAGAAUCUGGUUUUGAAUACCAGUGACAAGUACAGAAUUACUCAACUGAAGCAGUCCUUUACUGAACACAGAAUUCUUUAAAAUAGGGGGGUUUUCAUACUUUUCAGAGAUUUUUUUACAUUUUGCCUCUUUGCACACAAACUUCUAAGUCUUUAGCUCUGGUGUUUUGAUGUUCUUUGUACACUGCACUGUUUGCUCAAUAAACACACUCCAGGAUUCGAGUGUGUUGUCACACUCUCACUACCUUCGAACUGCUCCAUCUCUGACUGUUGUUCAGUUUUCUGUAUAUUGAUCCCUCCUUUCAGCGCAGCCCUGCUGAUCUUCCCACAUUCUUCCACUCUGAAGCUGAACGUUACUCUGAAAUGCAUGAUCUAGCUCUACCUCCUAGGUAAACCUCAAAAGCAAUAAUUUACAUGGUUCUAUUGCUACUUUUAAACUUGCCUAGUAAUAAGCACUGAGAGGAGAUCAUAAUAAAGCUGGUAAUGACAAUGCUCAUUUUCCAAAGUUCAUAACUUGAGCACUCUUCAGCAUUGAAAGCUGUCAUUUCUUAGGAGAAAAAUACUUGCAAUUUUCUUUGGAAUAGGAAAGAUGGCUUUUUUGCUGUCAUUCGUUUCCUUGACACCUUCUUCUCCCUUUGGCUAUUACAUUGUAUCAACUGCAUGGAAACAUUGUUCACUGACGCUCAGAUUAUGCGCACUGUCUACAAGCAGUCAACGCUGCUAUCAGUCGGCUCAGUUAGCUGAUAAAUUCAGCACUUGAGGUCAGCUAAUGCCUGCCCAAGGCUGAGAGAACUAUGGCUGGAGACACCUGCCUCUGUUAAGAGCAGAGCGGUCCAGAGGAACACAACAGCUCACGGUGCUCCGUGCUCUGAAGGGGAACUGGCCUGGACCUACGCACUGAGCACCUCCUGGCAAUUGCAGAUCUUCCAUUUCGGCUUCAUCUGGAGUUAUCAAAGCUCCAAGUCUGCUCCAGGGUGCAAACUGAAGUGGAAACCAUACAAUUUGUUUAAAAGGCCAACUCUUUAACCAAAAUGAAAUGCCAGUGAAGGCAUAAUCUGAGAGUCCUUUUGCUCUUACAGGUGCACAACGGUGUUCACUUCAGCAUAUCUUUCAGAGUUGACACUGUCUUGUGACUGACAACCAAUAACACGAAAGGCGCUCCAGGUGGAUUUAUGUGGGGGAAAGUGCAUUUUAGCAGUUUUAAACAUUGUUGGUUUUUUGUUGUUGUUGCUGUUUUUGUCGGGUUUUUUUAGUUUGUUUUGGUUUUUGUCUCCUUUAAACCAGUUCAUUCUUAAAGAUGCUGACCACCCUCUCCUCUCCCCACCACUUUCUGAGCUAUAUUUUAUAAACUCGGCUUCUCAUCCCAGCACAGACCUGCAAGCAGGGCAAUGCACAAGGGACUGCCUGCAGCCGCGCUGGCACCUGAGCUCAUUGGGAAGCACAAGGAAGCGCAAGGAAGCCUCCAGGGAGGGUGCCAAGAGAAUGGUGCCAGGCUCUUCUCCGUGGUGCCCAGCAACAGGACGAGGAGCAAUGCCCACGCUUGAACACGACGGGUUCCACCUCAACGUGAGGAAGAACUUCUUUCCAUGGAGGGUGGCAGGAAACUGGAACAGGCUGCUCAGCGUGGUUGCGGAGCCUUCCUCUCUGGAGACAUUCCAAACCCAGCCGGAUGCGUUCCAGUGCAACCUGCUCUAGGUGGCCCUGGCUUGCCAGGGGGUUGGACCGGAUGAUCUCCAGAGGCCCCUUCCACCCCUAACAAGCUGCGGCCGGGCCAGUGCGCUGCGCUGGGACCGGCGGCGGCCCCGCCCCGCGGCUCGGGGGUCCGGCCGCGUGCUGCGGGCCGGGCGGGGCCGGCCCCGGGGGCGGCGGGAGGGCCCUGAGGGGCCGGGCGGGCCGGCGGGGGAGGCGCGCGGGGCGGGCGCUGUCCCCGCCCGGCGCUCGCGGUGCUGCGGCGGCGCCGCCGCUUCGCUUCCGCGGCGGGGCCGGGCCGCGCCGGGAUUGGCCGCGCGGCCGCCUCGCCCCAGAAUGCAGCGCAUGGCGCGUCAUUGAAGAGAGACCAUGAUGGCGGCGGCGGCCGCGGCGGCGGGGGGCGCCCCCGAGGUGAUCGCCCAGCUGGAGAACGCGGCCAAAGUGCUCAUGGCACCACCUUCCAUGGUCAACAAUGAACAACGCCAACAUGCUGAGCACAUAUUCUUAUCAUUUAGAAAAUCAAAAUCACCAUUUGCUGUUUGCAAACAUAUUUUGGAAACUAGUAAAGUGGACUAUGUCCUUUUUCAAGCUGCUACAGCGAUAAUGGAAGCAGUUGUAAGAGAAUGGAUUCUCUUGGAAAAAGCUAGCAUUGAGUCACUGCGAACAUUCCUUCUAACCUAUGUCUUACAAAGGCCUAACCUUCAAAAGUACGUUCGGGAGCAGAUUUUAUUAGCGGUGGCGGUGAUAGUGAAACGGGGAUCAUUAGACAAAUCGAUCGACUGCAAAAGCAUUUUCCAUGAAGUCAGCCAGCUGAUCAGCAGCGGCAACCCCACUGUGCAAACUUUGGCCUGUUCCAUUCUAACGGCGUUGUUGAGCGAGUUCUCAAGUUCAAGUAAAACCAGCAACAUUGGACUAAGCAUGGAGUUCCAUGGUAACUGUAAACGAAUAUUUCAGGAGGACGAUCUGCGGCAGAUCUUCAUGCUCACAGUAGAGGUACUUCAGGAAUUCAGCAGGCGUGAAAACCUCAAUGCUCAGAUGUCUUCAGUGUUUCAGCGUUAUCUUGCACUAGCCAAUCAGGUCUUGAGCUGGAACUUCCUUCCUCCAAAUUUGGGCAGACAUUAUAUAGCUAUGUUUGAAUCCUCACAAAAUGUGAUGCUAAAGCCAACAGAAUCCUGGCGCGAGACCCUCCUGGACAGCAGAGUUAUGGAGCUUUUCUUUACAGUACAUCGAAAAAUCAGAGAAGAUACAGAUAUGGCCCAAGAUUCAUUACAGUGCCUGGCACAGCUGGCAUCUUUGCACGGGCCAGUCUUUCCUGAUGAAGGUUCACAAGUUGAUUACCUGGCACACUUCAUUGAGGGAUUACUGAAUACUAUCAAUGGAAUUGAAAUAGAAGACUCUGAAGCAGUGGGAAUUUCCAGUAUUAUCAGCAAUCUGAUAACUGUAUUUCCUCGCAAUAUUUUAACGGCCAUUCCAAAUGAACUUUUCUCUUCAUUUGUUAACUGCCUCGCACACCUCACCUGUUCUUUUGGAAGAAGUGCUGCUUUGGAAGAAGUGCUUGACAAAGAUGACAUGGUAUAUAUGGAGGCAUAUGAUAAGUUGCUGGAAUCUUGGCUUACUUUGGUCCAAGAUGACAAACAUUUCCAUAAAGGUUUCUUUACCCAACAUGCUGUUCAAGUCUUUAAUUCCUACAUUCAGUGCCAUCUAGCUGCUCCUGAUGGCACAAGGAAUUUGACUGCCAAUGGUGUGGCCUCUCGGGAAGAAGAAGAAAUAAGUGAGCUGCAGGAGGAUGACAGAGACCAGUUCUGUGACCAGUUGGCCAGCGUAGGCAUGCUGGGGAGAAUUGCUGCAGAACACUGCAUACCUCUUCUCACAAGUUUGUUAGAAGACCGAGUGACAAGGCUCCAUGGACAGUUGCAAAGACAUCAGCAGCAGUUACUUGCCUCACCAGCAUCAGGUUCAAUUGACAAUAAAGUGCUUGAUGACCUGUAUGAGGAUAUUCAUUGGCUUAUUUUAGUCACAGGCUACCUCUUGGCUAAUGAUACUCAGGGAGAGACUCCGCUAAUACCUCCAGAAGUAAUGGAAUAUUCCAUAAAACAUUCAGCUGAGGUUGACAUCAAUACAACACUUCAGAUUCUGGGAUCUCCAGGAGAAAAGGCCUCUUCCAUCCCAGGGUACAACAGAACUGAUUCUGUUAUUAGGUUGUUAUCUGCUAUUCUAAGAGUGUCAGAAGUAGAAUCUAGAGCAAUAAGGGCAAAUCUCACGCACCUCCUGAGCCCCCAGAUGGGCAAAGAUAUUGUAUGGUUCCUCAAGCGCUGGGCAAAGACUUACCUCCUAGUAGAUGAAAAGUUGUAUGAUCAGAUAAGUCUGCCAUUUAGUACAGCAUUUGGUGCUGAUACAGAGGGUUCCCAGUGGAUUGUGGGUUACCUUUUAGAAAAAGUGAUCAGUAACCUGGCAGUGUGGAGUUCAGAGCAGGACCUUGCAAAUGAUACUGUACAACUGCUAGUAACAUUAGUGGAAAGGAGAGAGCGGGCAAACUUAGUUAUUCAGUGUGAAAACUGGUGGAAUUUAGCCAAGCAGUUUGCAAGGCGAAGCCCUCCUCUUCACUAUUUGUCUAGUUCUGUGCAGAGAACACUAAUGAAAGCUUUAGUUCUAGGAGGUUUUGCUCAUAUGGAUACAGAAACAAAGCAACAAUACUGGACAGAGGUUCUUCAGCCGCUUCAGCAGCGAUUCUUGAAUGUGAUAAACCAAGAAAACUUUCAGCAGAUCUGUCAGGAGGAGGAAGUGAAGCAGGAAAUCACUGCUACAUUAGAAGCACUCUGUGGCAUUGCUGAGGCUACCCAAAUUGAUAAUGUAGCGAUUCUCUUCAAUUUCCUCAUGGACUUCCUUAAUAAUUGCAUUGGAUUAAUGGAAGUAUACAAAAACACACCAGAGACUGUUAAUCUCAUAAUUGAAGUAUUUGUUGAAGUUGCACAUAAACAAAUUUGCUAUCUUGGAGAGGCCAAAGCCAUGAACUUGUAUGAGGCCUGCCUAACUCUGCUCCAGGUGUAUUCCAAGAAUAAUCUAGGUCGACAACGGAUAGAUGUUACAGCAGAAGAAGACCAGUACCAGGAUCUCCUUCUUAUUAUGGAGCUUCUCACUAAUCUUCUGUCAAAAGAAUUCAUAGAUUUCAGUGAUACAGAUGAGGUAUUUAGGGGACAUGAGCCUGGGCAAGUUACAAAUAGAUCUGUAUCAGCAGCAGAUGUUGUCUUAUAUGGGGUUAAUCUAGUUCUGCCUCUAAUGUCACAAGAUCUGCUGAAGUUUCCAUCCCUGUGUAAUCAAUAUUACAAAUUAAUCACAUUCAUAUGUGAGAUAUUCCCUGAGAAAAUUCCACAACUUCCAGAGGACCUCUUUAAGAGCCUAAUGUACUCACUGGAGUUAGGGAUGUCAUCAAUGAGCUCAGAGGUUUGCCAGCUCUGUCUAGAGGCUGUAACACCGUUAGCAGAACAGUGUGCAAAAGCACAAGAAACAGAUUCAACCCUUUUUCUAGCAACGAGGCACUUUCUUAAGAUGGUUUUUGAUAUGCUGGUACUUCAGAAGCACAAUACAGAAAUGACAACUGCAGCAGGUGAAGCAUUCUACACAUUAGUGUGUUUGCAUCAGGCUGAAUAUUCAGAGUUAGUUGAAACAUUGCUAUCAACUCAACAAGAUCCAGUAAUUUACCAGCGGUUAGCAGAUGCCUUCAACAAGCUUACUGCAAGCAGCACUCCUCCUACACUGGACCGUAAGCAGAAGAUGGCCUUCUUAAAGAGUUUAGAAGAAUUUAUGGCAAAUGUUGGUGGACUGCUCUGUGUAAAAUAAACAGCAAAACUCUAUGCCUAAUUUAGACCCUUUCUGCAAAAUGCACUGAGAAAUGCUGAAUGCUGACUAAAUCUUGUACCUGUCUCUGGGUUCUUUGCAGCCAUCUCAGAUUCUAGAGAGCCUGGAAGUUUGAACAUAACACCAUGGAAUAGGAGAGGUCAACUUUGAAUCAGCUUCUGCUAUUAUGUGUUAGCUGCAAUCUGUCAUACUUGGGUGUGGAAGAGAAUGAACAGAAAAUCUGAAUUGAAUUUUUUUCCAUUUAUGCGCAAACAGAUAUGGGCACAAUGAAAUAAAUGCAGUGCCUUUCCCCCUGCACUGGUUUAAAAUAUGAGUGGUCAUAUAAACAUACAGAUUUCUUUUCUACACAAAAUCAUGUUAGAGUGUGAUGCAGAUACAUAUAAAGCUCUAAACAGUUUUAGCUGAUUUUAAGCUUUAUUCUUCCUCUCUUCAAGUUUGAGUUUGUGUUCCAAUGGGGAAGAAAAACCAAAUGGUAUUUUAACUUGGUUCUGUUUUUCUACAUCAACCUGACAUUGCAGGUUUAAUGCAAUGCAGGUUUUUACAUUAUGUUCUGCUGCCUAAAGUUCAGAGAAAAAAAAGAUGUAUAUUUUUGUUCCCCUAAAAUGAACUUUAGGAACUGUAGCCAUUUCAUUGCCUUAAUUUAAAAGAAAAAAAAAAGCUCAUAUACUUUAGGUAAGAAAUUUAAGGCAAGAUUUGACUCUUGAGAGUUGGUUUAGGAUGUUGGCACUGAGCUGCUAUGUACCUGUUGCAGCCCUUCAUGUUGAUGUGUUGGUUUGGAAUGAGUGUCUAAUGCAAGGUUCAUGUGUAGUUUUACUUUCAGUACCUGUUUUGAUUCUCACCUGGGUUGCAUGCAACUGCAAUGUAUUUCUUCACUGAACUGUUUGCUUAAGCAAUAACAACCCAAAAGGUGUGAAUUACUGGCAAACUUUGUAAAGUUGGGGCAUUAGCUUAAACAAUUAUGCUAGCACAGGGGCAUCAAACCCUUUUACUCAAGCAUGUCUGCUUGACUUCAGUGGGGAAGGGUAAUUGGGAAGUCAGUGCUGUAGGAGAUUUUUGUUUUUGCUGAAUCCAAUCCCACUUCUGCAGAGCUCUCCCAGCUGCUCUGCUCUUGCUUGGUUUUUUAUAUCAGCGCUUUAGCUUUUAUCAUAGCAGAAGAUAGUGCCCUGAGUAUAUAGAACCAACAAGGGAGAGCAGUACACGAAUAUGAAAGCAAGGCCUGCUUUGACUUCUGUCAUGAGCCAGAGGAAACUGAAGCAAACACAAAUGCUGCAUGUCUAGUAAAAUUAUUUUUGUGGAAAUACACAGAGGCAGAAGUGGGCCCUUCUGUUUAAGAUCUCUGCUAGAUUAUGCUGUUAAAUAUUUCCCAUGUGUUUUUACAAUUUAUAUAAAAAGUCUGGUAUACACCUUUAUAUGACUAUUUAUAGCUUUGUGUUUGCAAUUCUGUGCCAUUCUUCAGCUAUUCAUCUCAAAAUUAGUCACAAUAGCCAGAAUCUCACAACAGGCACAAAUCUCCAAUACUGUGCUGUAAGUGAUCUAUGGCUUUUUUUUCUUUUUUUUUUAAGUUAAAUCUGUAAGUGUCUCAAGCAUGGAUCCACAAGGCCAAAAAUGCCAUCUCUUUAUUAUACAUUUCUCUUUUAAUUGAUGUGAAAACUGGGCAAGGGCAUAUUUACACAUUACAAAGUGACCGUAAAACUUCUUAGAUAAUAGUGUACCUUCCCAGAUAGUAUUUUAUUUCUCAGAUAACUUCCAUAGUAUUUUAGAACAGGGGUAUUGCUCUCCAUUUUUUCUUGAAACUCUAGUGCUUUUCUUUAAUGACUGUGCACUUGCACAAAAUACAGUGAUCCUGGCAGAUCGUUCUGUUUCAAACUGUUGUGAUGGCUGAGUUCUUAUUUCUAAACUGGGGGUUGCUGUUUUUGAAACUGCUUCUGGAGUUUUUCUGAGUUUGUACAUUGGAUGGGGCCGAAGUUCUGAAAUCUAAUUUUUUUCAGAUGAGGGGCAUUGAAGCCUGGGAACAUCAGCAGCAGUAGGUGCUGCUGGUUAGUUAUGACGUGCUCGAUGUCGGAUGUCUAGACUGAAGUCUUCAAAGAGAUCAUAGCAAAUAUGCCACGUUUUGGGUGUGACUGAGUAACUGAUACACUCAGUCAUCCUUUCUUCUGUAAUUAGCUCUGUCACUAUUGUUUCAUUAAUCCUAAAGCUGGCUCACUAUUUAAAAAUAUUUAUUAACUUCAAAGUUUUGGAAUCCUCUCGCAUAUUGUGAUGAAUGGGAGUUUGAGUUUGUAUUCUGGGCAAAGUAAUGUGCAUAUCCAUUAUUUUUCUUGUUGGGCCCCCUUGUGUUGUAACAAGCAGAGACACACAGCAUUCUUGAGUAUCAAGACUUUAGCUAAAGUAUGAACACCCACUUUCAAGGACUAGUUUUAAAGGUGGUUUAAAAAUUUCUUUUGUUCUUAAUUUAAAAAUAAUAUUAUAUGUUAAAGGAAAACUGUCCUAGUAAGGGUUUAGGGGUUUUUGUAAUUUCCUGCUUGAUGUUACACUUUCCUCUUUUUAAUUUUUUUGAUUUUCUUCUCAUCCUCAUAUAUUCAAUAGAGAUCUUUCCAUGCUAUUUUAUGUUUCUUUUAGAGCAAUGCUAAGAUGUCUCUGCUUAGUGACAUCCAUGAAAUGGUUGUAAAGGCUUCUGGAAAUAAGUCCUGUUCAUUCAUACUCCUGCUGGCUUGGUGACUGCUUCUACCUGAGCUAUUUGACUUCAGUAUCUCUGCCAAAAAAAAUAGAAAAAAAGAAUCUUCUGUGAUCUUCUACACAUCCAGUUGCUGUAAAUCAGGAUGUGAAAGCACACUGAGGUCCACAGGAAAGACUCAGGCUGUUUGUAGUGAACACUGAGAGCUGACUCCACAUAAGUGUUCUGAAAGAUUUAUAGCAUCAUUGCAUUGAUUUUCCAUUCACGGUGGAAAGGGAAUAAUGGUUCUAAAAAUGCGCCUGCUUUUUGAAGGAAGAAAAAAGGCAAUUCAAACCAAGUUAUAAAUGCUGCAUGAUAUAAUUGCAACAAAUAUAUUUGUGUAGAGUUUUCUUACUGAAACAGAUUAUUGGACUAAUGUUUUCAUUCUGAGACUAGCUUCUUUUCCAUUUUGCCAGCUCCUCCCCCAUUGUAAUAGUUAGUUCUAAUGUUGGCAUAAUAAUUUUGUUCAACUUAUAGUUUUCAAUGCUGACAAGCAAGACCAUUGAGUUCAAUCAUAAAAUUCAAAACCUUGUUGAAAGCACAGAUAUGUAGGGACAGGGAGAAGUGGACUCGAUGCAUGAAACUCCCACUUUCAUGUGCAUUUAUGCCUUAAUUAGCUUCACUGAGUUACCCACCAGAAUCUGCUACAUUUUGCCCAGAGGUUUGUGUUUCGCUGUUUAAGGGUAAAGGGCUUACCUUUUUUCUCAGGAAUGAGGAACUUGUUUUCUCAGCAUGUCCAAAUCCUACUAGUUGAAAGAGAGGGGUUUGAAUAGGAGUCAUCGCUUUCAUAGUGAGUGGAACUCAUUGAAGCCCUCGUGUUUACCUGGGCAAAUCCCUUUAUAUCUAAGCCAUGUAGUUCUAGAAAAUAAGUUUGCUCAGAGCAGUCAGUUGUCCAUUUAAAAUCUAUUUCUUUAAAAGGGAAAGAGAAUUCUAAUUUGGGAUCAGUAAAACUAUUAAAAAAUACAAAUUUCUGGCAUUUUGCUUUUAAAACACUUCAAGUAAUUUCAGGUUUGGUUAAGUAAUUACAUAAGAAGGGGUGGGGGUUUUUUUAAUGGAAGUAGCUUGAUGAAUAUAAGCGCAGGAGUAGGAGCCAGGCUCCUCUAAUGUUGUCAUUUUUUUUCCACAGGAUCCUCUGUGGCCAUUGGCAAGUCACUAGAACUGUAUUGUUGUUAAAAUAGCAUUAACAUCUACCUACCUCACAGGGAUGUUGUGAGGAUUAGCUUAUGCCUAUAAAAUGCAUUGAGGAUCUGAGAUGCUAUGUAAAUAUUAUAUACUUUUAGUUUUACGAGGUGUAAGAUUUACUGUAAUGAAAACAGAAGAUUUUCAUAAUUGUAAAGCCCAGUAGAGGCAGCAGUGGUGCAGUCUUCCCAGGACUGAUCUACUGCAGUACAGUAAUGCUUGCUGUAAAUUGUCAUUAUUUCAAUUACAGCCGAUUGAAAUGGCGGCUUCUUCGUAAAUAAGGUGAGAUUCCCCACCAGUGUGCCUCAGUUCUGAUCUACAAAGGGAGAGAACAGUUAUUGGUUAUUCAGGCUUUGGUGCCUCUGCUUGUGACAAGUGCUGCUUGUGGUGGUAGGGUUUUUUGUUUGGUUUACUUUUGGUUUUUUACAUUUUUCUGCAAGGAACAAACACCACUCAUUUCUCCCAUGUCUGUUCCAGUCACUUAGUAUAACCAAAGCCUAAUGAUAACAAUUAAAAUUCAAAGAGCCAGCCCUGCUUCCCUGCCCCUUGUAAAUUUGCAUUUGAGUAGAUUGUGCUCUGUUUUCAGUAAAUUUGAUUAAUGUUUUCUAGCACUGAUCAUGAAGCAAAUAAUGAAGUGUGUUUUGCUCUAGAGCCUCAAACUCUCAGCUGUAAUGUUUUCAGUAUGAGAUUUCCUGGGGCCCUAGAAACUGAGGAGUAAGAUACCCUUGGCUUUACCUUCUUUUCAGUGAGUUAAAAUUUAUUCUGCUUUUCCUUUCUUCCCAUUCCCUACCCUGCUUUUCCUGUCCUUUUAAGCUGUUCUUAAGCGGAAUUGGAAGGCCCUUCCAACCUCAAGGGGAAGAUAUUACUACCCAUGUAAUUUUCCAAUCUGUUACAGCUUGAUACUUGAAAUUGAUAAGAACCUCUCUAACAGCAUUCACCACACGUUUCAAUCUCCCAUAAAACCAUUCUGGAGUUUUCAAUUAGGGAAGAAACCCCACAACUAUAUUAUUUGUUCUCUCUGUGCAAAAUAAGAAACCUCCAUGCAGUGAACAUGCAGUGUUAAGGCAAUAAAUGCUACUACUGCUGUUGGUCAAGUGUGUAAAUAUUUUAAAUGUGUAAUUCAAUACUGUGUUGCGUUUAUAUAUUAAAAACACAGGAAUUGAAGUGCUGGUUGAUUUCAAGUAUUGUUUUAUCUGUACAGUUGAAGAUACGAAGUUGCAUAAAAGUAUUUCACAGUUUAUUGCAAUAAGACUUGGGAAAUGGCUGUAUAAUCAAGCCUUAUCAUGACUGAAUUUUCAAUUUUGAAAUGAUCACUUUGUAUAUUUUUAAGGUCCAUAAGCAGGAAGAGGAUAAAAUUGUUUUCCACUAAAGAUUUUUUUUAUUUUGUUUUGGCCAUGUGUGAUUUGUGUGUAUUCUUGUUUAAUAUUUUUCUAAAAUCUCACCUGUGUUGAAUCCCUGAAAAAGCAUUUGUUACACUUCCUUACAGUGGAAACAUAAAUCGCAACAUUAUGAAACCUUAGGCUACACCUUUUGCUCUUUGGCUACAGUGAAUGCACAGUAAUUAGAUUAAAAGCUGGUGGAGUAACUUUAGUUUACAUCAGCACUUAAGGCAUGAGUUUGUCCAUCAACAGAAAAAAGUGUGAUUAGAGGUGCAACAGCAGUAUCUCACACUGGACUGUAAUUACCAGAAAUUACUGUAAAUAUAGAAUCAGAUUAAUCUUUUCCCCCAUCUCCCUAGGGAAGUUUUAACAGUCACUUUUCAGGUCACUAUUACUGGCAGCGUUUGUCUACUCAAAAGGAAUACUGAUUUCUGGGUCUUUGUGUGUGUGUGUAUGUGUGCAUAUUUAAUCUAAACAGUUUUUAUGAUGGUAUCUGGCACAGAAAUGUUCUCCAAGCUCAUACUCUGUUCCUAUGUAGGGAACAUCUAACAGCAUGUUACUUCAUGGCUAUCAGAAAAGUUCAAUUACAGGCAGCAGUUCCUAAUGUGCUAUAAUACAAUUACAUUUAGAUAAACUACAGCUAUUUUCCAUUGUUCCCCUCUUACUUCCAUGCACCCACAUCAUGUAGAAAAGAAAAAAAAAAGCUUCACAAAUCCUGAAAGUAAAACUACGCAACAGCUAUGGUGGUGACAGCUUGCUACAUAUCUUGGCUGUAUGUAUCACUAGAAUUUUACUGGUUUCAAAAGUAAAAUUAUGCAGUUAUAUAUUUAUAUUAGCAUGGUUUAGUUCAGUGAAUAUUCUGGGGAAGGACAGAAACAUUUAAGGUAAUUUUGAGGAAAUUCCCAAAAGCAAUUGGUAAGACUAACAGCAGGGUAUCCAAGAGCCUUUCAUGUAGAAAAUGGAACUAUUCUGCUUUACCUUAAAUAUGAGUUCUGGAAUAAACUUGAACUAUUUGGGUACAAAGCCUUUAUUCACACUUGUUUGUCCAAGUAUACACAAACCCCAUCAAUUUUGCCUUUUUGAACUUAUAUUUGCUUCAGUUGCGAGUGGCGGAGUUGGUGGUGGAUUUUUUCCUUCUUACAAGCAGAAAAGUAGGAAAGUGCAACCCUCUCUAAGUGGAAUUUGUCUGGACAGCCAACCAGGAGCAGGUUGUACAUGAACUGGAAGAGGGGAGGAGGAGAAGAAAGUGAUAACUUUGCAAUCUUAUCCAGAAAAAGAAAAAUAGAUCAAUCUACAAGAUACAGGUGUUAUUCCAUAAUGUUUGACCCAGGACAUCUUGAAAGGGAUUGGUGAAGGCCUGCCAUUUUAUCAACAAGUUUGUUGGGGGAAAGAGGGAGUACGGUGUUGGGAUUCUGAAAUGAAAUGUGAUACUAUCAGUGUAAGUUUUGCUAACUAAAUAAUAAAUUCCUCUUUAUAUUGGAAAACAUUCCAGACAAAUCUAUAUAUCCAAAGAGAACAAAGAAGCUACCCACUGUGAUGAAUACAUAAUUCAUUACUAGUUUUUCUGCUGUCUAUAUUUGAAUAUAGCAGUUUUCACAGCUGUUUUCACUUUAAUCUUAGAUGGUAUCAGAUUUGAUUUUCCUGACAUGCUGUUGCCUUUGCAAGUUAGAGUAGAGCAAAGCUGUGGGUGUGAUGUACUUCCUUUUUUCUUCCUCUCUCUGUCUGGCCUACUGUUAAUGGUUGUAAAGACAAAUAUGUUUGAUUUGCUUUAACUUAUUGUUUUGGAUGCUGCAGCUUGGGUUUGUGGCAUAUUCAAACUGCUUCCUGUCUCUGUGUUUGGUGUUCCCUGAAUGAAAGUCAUCACUAGACUCCAACACAAGUAUUGAUUUGAAAGCCUCACUGGUAACUUGGUUUAAUAAGCUGUCAGGACAUUUGCUUUAGUUUUGGAACUGCACCAAUACUACUAAUGGUCUUUUGUUCAUUGAAAUGAUUGUUGCAACUGACAAAAAACCCCCAAAGCCAAAAGCCCACCACCACACUGUGGAAUCUCUAGGAAGAUCACUGAUGUCCUCACACAAGAUCAACACUACUUUGGGGAAGGCUUAUAUUCUUCUGCCACUUUUAAGGAAAGACUGUUCUUCUGAAGUACUUUUUGCCUGCUUUUAGGCUGUUAUGCACUUUCAUGAUUUCUUAACAAACUACUGUUAAAAUGUACUGUAACAUGGAUUUUGAUAAGCGCACAUGUAUUUAAACAAUUCAUUCAGCCUCAGGAAAGCUGGAAAAAUUGGAUACCUGUUUUGUAUCUUGGUUAAAAUGUUUGUUACCUGCAUCCCUUAAGAUGGCCAGAUAAUGUCUAGAGCCCGCAAGUGUAACUAUUUAAGAUACCAGUAUAGUCUGUAAAAGGAGGACAGUGUAAUUUUGCUUUUGGGAAAAGAAAAGGGUGUCCUUCUCUUAUUUUUCUUAGAAGUAUAUAUAUAUAGUCUGAAUUGGAGUUUCAAAAUCAGGAAGCAGUAAUAAACCCCAUUUACUGUUCAGGAAAAGAAAUGUUUUCUUUCGUAACACUCACUAUCUGAUUUCUAUUUUUUCCUUCUCCUUAAAGAGCAUGUGUGAAAUAAGUGGAGAAGUAUGUGUAGGAAAAACUGUAAAAUCUGCUGCUGUACAUGUUUGCUACUUGACUGCAUUUUCUGUUCCACUUUAAUUUUACUGGUUUUGCUAAAUAUAUUUUAUAUAUUUUCCUUC